CGUCGGGCCAGGUGAAUGAAUCCAGCGCCUGCCGGAAGAGCGAAGCCGCAGCAGAGAAGCGCAGCCCGUCUCGGGCCUCAGCUCGACGCGCACACCUGUGACCAGGUGUCGCUUUACCGCCGACUUUAUCGCCGACUCUUGUGCUGUUUUCUCUCUCCGCUGCUGGCUCUUCUCGCCGUGUUCCGAUUCGUCGCUUUGCAUCCGUGUGCUCUACUAGUCGGGCUUUCCAAGCGAAUCUCCCGCACCAUGUCCGCGAAAGCCAGAGACGUCGACGCUAAAGAAUGCGAUGGCACCGGCGAACAGAUAAGGAACCACCACAAACAAGCGUUCGAGUACAUCUCGCUGGCUUUGCGCAUCGACGAGGAUGACAAAGAAGAUAAGGAGCAGGCGGUGCAGUGGUAUCAUAAAGGUAUCGCUGAACUGGAGAAAGGCAUUGCCGUCAAGGUCACAGGCACUGGGGAGAAGCCGGAACGAGCCAGACGCCUCCAGGCUAAGAUGACCACCAACUUGCUUAUGGCAAGAGAUCGCCUGCAGCUGCUGGCCAAGCUGAACUCAGGCUCCCCGCCCACCGUGUACACGGAGGGCCCUGACCAGCCUCUUUCCAACGGGAGCCUGCGUCCAGGUGGGUGCACAGCAACCCUUCUUUCGGGAUUCUUUCGGAAGCUCGGGUUUGCAGUUAGUGGUGCCGUUCCUAAGAAGGACUCCCACACACACACUGCUCGUUCUGUGCCGAAGGCCAAUCCACCUCCAAAACUGCCCUCUGGUGCCCCCCCGAGGCCAGCCAGUGGACCACGCGGGGGCCGCGUCAACCCCAAGGCUGCGGCAGGUCGUGCCGUCUCCAGGGGCAACGGGAAGGCUGCUCCUCCCCCCUCCACUCCCCAGAGGAAGAGAGACAUGAAGAACUUUAAAAACGUGGACAGCAAACUGGCCAACCUCAUCCUGAAUGAGAUAGUGGACAGUGGUCCAGCAGUGCUGUUCAGGGACAUUGCAGGACAGGAGCUGGCCAAACAGGCCUUACAGGAGAUCGUGAUCCUACCGGCAGUGAGGCCUGAGUUGUUCACUGGUCUGAGGGCUCCUGCAAGAGGCCUGCUCUUGUUCGGUCCCCCUGGCAACGGGAAGACGAUGUUGGCCAAAGCGGUUGCCAUGGAAUCCAAUGCAACCUUCUUCAGCAUCAGUGCUGCCAGUCUGACCUCUAAAUACGUUGGUGAAGGUGAGAAGCUUGUACGAGCUCUGUUUGCUGUUGCCAGGGAGUUACAGCCUUCGGUCAUCUUCAUAGAUGAGAUAGACAGUUUGCUGUGUGAGAGAAGAGAAGGGGAGCAUGAUGCCAGUAGGAGACUGAAGACCGAGUUCCUCAUUGAGUUUGAUGGGGUACAGUCAGGAGGGGAUGAGCGGGUGUUGGUGAUGGGGGCCACUAACCGUCCUCAGGAGCUGGACGAGGCCGUGCUGAGGCGCUUUCCAAAGCGGAUUUACGUGUCUUUGCCCACAGAGGAGACUCGUCUGAAGCUGCUGAAGAAUCUUCUGGGUAAACAUGGAAGCCCACUGACCGCAAAGGAGCUGAGUCAGCUAGCCAGUAUGACCGAUGGUUACUCAGGCAGCGAUCUGACCUCUUUGGCUAAAGAUGCAGCACUUGGGCCCAUACGAGAACUACGUCCGGAGCAAGUAAGGAACAUGGCUGCCAACGAGAUGAGAAAUAUCAAUUUCUCUGAUUUCGUUGAGUCUCUGAAGAAGGUAAAGAAGAGUGUGAGCAGUCAAACAAUUGAGCAGUACGUACACUGGAACCAGGAGUACGGCGACACGACUGCUGUAUGACACACGCACACACACUCAUACACACACUCUCACUCUCUCACACUCCCCUCACAAUAUGGCUUUUGGAUCAUGAACUGUGAGCUUUAGGUCCUUAUAAAUAAAUAAAGUUUUUUUUUUUGAUCUCAUGGAGGAAUUACCCAUCACUCAUUUGGAAGAGCAUGGACACUUUCAGAAGAAUUGUUUUGCUACUGAGAAAUGCACUCAGUACCCCCCAACAUCUCCAAGGUUUCUCUUGUAACAAACAGUUUUAGUUUAGAAUACACAGAAACCCAGUGCACAGUUAUAGAGUUCCACAUAUGCAUCAGUCCCUUAGAUAUACUAAAUCACUGGAGAAUGAAUAAGGCACAUGGGCUGUAUAUAUGGAGGAUGAGUGUGUAUACAAUGUAUGGUAAAGAGCCAUAGCUCAGGUUCAUAAAAAAAUGGCCUGCCCAGGAUGCGUGUUCUUUCUACCAGCCACCUCCUAGCUAGCGGGUAAUUAGGAGGAGUUCAUCCGGUGUUUCUUAAUGCAGUUCCCGAUCAACAGCCUUCUGCCAAACUCGGGGCUGCUGUCUGGAACCGGAGACUACGCUCCGAACUACAACUAGCGGGCCACUUCUUAACUAGACCACAGUCGUGCGUGCUUUAGCUUCUGUGAGGGCAGAGACCGAGAGUGGUUUAACUAAAUCUAUGCAGGCAAGGAAGCUGGAUAUCUUAACAACUGUAAUCCCGGGCUUUGCGUCCCGAGUCUUGUGCUCAUUUGGUUUGUGUAAGUCUGAACAUUGUCGCACGUUGCAACUGCACUGGCUCUCAUUUCGUGUGUUUGGUGCGCAACGGCCAUCGCGAUCAGACGCGCCAACCGAGGCGAAACGUCGCGUCGUGAAGACCUUUUGCUAACUGCACGUUAAAGGCAUCUUUUUACCCCUAAUCAUCUUUUUGAUUAGGAUAUAGUGAAAAACUAACCCUCUAGCAGUUAGUUACCGUUAGCUUUCUAGCUAAGACUGUAUCACCGCUGCCAGGGACUUGAGUUAACGUGUGAACGAAGUGAACGGGUGAUAAUUGACAAAGACCAACGGUAAAUACAUGAUCAAGGACAUGGACAUUUCCUUUCAACACUGUUACCUAAUAUAUUGUAGACCUAACUUUACAAUAAAUGCUUUUUUGACUGCCUGGUUAAA